UGGGGGAAGCCGGGCCGUCAGCGGGGCUGGCGGCCGUCGAUGGGGACCAGGACCCCCAGUGGGGAACGGCGCCGGUGGUGAAACGCGGAGUCCAGAUCUUCCUAACCAGUCCUUAAGGUUCACCCAUGGGUCAGGUCAGUCGGUGAGGUGUCGUCUCGCCCGCCCAAGAGCUGGCACCAUGACCUUGACCAAGGGCUCCUUCACCUACUCCAGUGGGGAGCAGUACUGCGGGGAGUGGAAGGAAGGCCGCAGGCACGGUGUUGGCCAGCUGACGUUUGCAGAUGGCGGCACCUACCUGGGUCACUUUGAGAAUGGGCUCUUCCAUGGCUGCGGGGUGCUCACCUUCUCCGAUGGCUCCAGGUACGAGGGGGAGUUCGUGCAGGGGAAGUUCAAUGGCGUCGGAGUUUUCACGCGCUACGACUCGAUGACCUUCGAGGGCGAGUUCAAGAGCGGGCGUGUGGACGGCUUCGGGCUCCUGACCUUCCCCGACGGCUCCCACGGGGUGCCCCGCAGUGAAGGCUUCUUUGAGAACAACAAGCUGCUGCGGCGGGAGAAGUGCCCGGCCGUGAUCCAGAGAGCUCAAAGUGCCUCCAAGUCCGCCCACAACCUCCCGGCGUGACCGUGCUGCCAUGGGACUCCGCUGCCCACCCGCGGCCCCUCCUGCCGCUGGCCGGCCUGGCCUCCAAGGGCCUGCGGGGCAGGAGCUGCGGUGCCCAGGCAGGCCAGGGAGGGGUGUUGGCAGAGCCAGUGUGCCUGCUCGUCACGGGCCCCAGCAUGGCUGGCUGCCUCCCUCCUGCUGGCUAGAGAACUUCCGCCGCGUGCCCACGUCCUGGAUCCUGGGGGCUCUGAGUGCUGCCCCCCACUGGGGGGAGACAGGAGACCCCCUUCCCUAGGGCUCUGCUCACUGCCUUGGGGCCCUCCAUACAGACCCCUGGCACAGCCCCUGCGGCCGCCCUGCUGCUGGGCUGUGUGGGGCAGUGGAGGGGGCAAUCUGCCAGGGCCUUGGUGCCCGUGGUUAGCAGGGGAUGCAGCUGGGAGCUGCUGCACCUGCUUCCCCAAAGCCAGGCAUGCCCAGGCGGUGCCCCCCAAGCUCAGCGGGAAUAGUGCCCGUCCCCAGUAGGGUGCUGACACAGGCCUGACUUCGCUAGUGGGAUGUGGCCGUGGCAGGGAGCUGGUAUCUCCCUGCCCCUUCUUGUUCUGAUGCUGGGGGCAGGCAGCGCCCCCCUCCUUCCCUUGCUCUGGGUGUCCUGGCCCCAUGGCCCCUGCCUCCCCCUCAGCUCUCCCAAGGGCAUCUGGCCUGAGCAGGCCCAGGGCUCCUCCCAGCCAUGCCCUGGGCAGCGAGACUUGGCCUCUCUGCAUCCGGGGGCUGUCUGGUCACUAGUGCCUGUCAGUGCCUUGGCACAGGGUCAGUGAAGGGCUCCAGGGGGCGCUGUGGGUCUGCACCGCCUGGUCUCCAUUCAGCCCUAGUGAGCACCGGGGCCUGUGGUGACGAGUGGUGCAGCCUGGCAGUGCCAGUGUCUGGGGGGCUGGAGGGCUAGGAAGAGCAGGGGCUGAGGUGGGGGGAGCCAGGGCUCAUGGGGCAGGAUGGGGGGUACCAGCAGAGCUGCACACGGGACUCUGCCCCCCCGCCCACGGCCUGUCUCCGGUGUCGGUUCUCUCGUCACUCCUGAUGCCGGUGCAGGGAGCCCGGGGCCUGGCCCGCCUGGGGGCCGUGUGAACAGCCCCGGCCGCGCUGCUGCUGCCCUCGUGCCUUGCUGUGUCCUGCCCCCGGGGCCUUGGCGAAUAAACCGCGUUGCCAAACC